AAAAAAUCUAAACCGAGUAGUCUCCCUUUGCCAUGGCGUCAAAUAUGUUUGGGACAAAGACAUUUGGUGAAAAACCACAAAAAUUUCAGAUAGAAGAAGGCGAAGAAUAUUAUUAUGUCGGAUCAGAAGUUGGAAACUAUUUGCGUAUGUUCCGUGGCUCCCUUUAUAAACGCUAUCCCUCGUUAUGGAGAAGACUUAUGACAGUAGAAGAAAGGAAGAAAGUCUCCACCUUAGGGAGUGGACAGCCUGCCUUAGCUACAAAUAUAACACUGUUGAAGGGGUCAGAAGUAGACCAGAUAUUUGAAGGCAAUGACGAAAAAUAUAAAACCUUGUCAAUCAACAGUGACACUGCUUUUAAUACAAGUGGGCUGAAACAGAAAAGGGGAAGUAACUGGGUUCCAACAGUACCAAGUAGUUCCCAUCAUCUUGAUGCUGUUCCCUGUUCCACUCCUAUAAAUAGAAACAGACUCGGAAAAUCUAAAGUACGGACAUUCCCUACAUGUUUUGACGACUCUGAUCCUGCUCAGAUACAUGAUAAUUCUAAUCAACCAGAACAGCUGAUACCAAUCAGACUUGACAUGGAAAUAGAUGGACAGAAACUUAGAGAUUGCUUCACUUGGAAUAAAAAUGAGGGUUUGGUAUCACCUGAACAGUUUGCUGAGAUUCUAUGUGAUGAUUUAGAUUUGAACCCUAUUAAUUUUGUGCCUGCUAUAUCCCAAGCUAUCAGACAACAGAUUGAUGCCUAUCCCACAGAUAACUUGUUAGAUCAGCAGUGUGACCAGAGAGUUAUAUUAAAGCUAAAUAUCCAUGUAGGUAAUAUAUCGCUGGUAGAUCAAUUUGAAUGGGAUAUGUCUGAACCAGACAACUCACCAGAAGAAUUUGCCAAUAAAUUAUGUGCUGAAUUAGGUCUAGGCGGUGAAUUUGUUACAGCAAUCUCAUAUAGUAUAAGAGGACAGUUAAGUUGGCAUCAAAGAACUUAUGCUUUCAGUGAAGCACCAUUACCAACAGUGGAAGUAGCCAUUAGAAACCAGAAUGAGGCUGAUUCUUGGUGUCCAUUCCUAGAAACAUUAACUGAUGCUGAGAUGGAGAAGAAGAUCAGAGAUCAAGACAGAAAUACAAGGAGAAUGAGGAGAUUAGCCAACACAGCUCCAGCAUGGUAGAGAGAGCAUUGAACAAAGAAGUGUUUAUCAUCAUCAUUAUCACCACUACACAAUAGCUUCUGCUACCCACCGAAUGUGUUUGACAUUGUACAUUAGGAAUUAAUGUGUGGAUGCAUAUUUGAACAAUACUGUGGAUUCAUUAUUAUUCGUUGAUACCAAUUUUCGUGGGUUUUGUGGGUAUGGGUUAACCACGAAAUCAAAUGUUCAAUGAAAUACAUAUUUACAAUAGGAUUAAUAUACAGAGAUUGUCAAAACCAGGAAAUCAAAUAUCCACGAAUAUGCAAGUUUUCAGCAAUCCACGAAAAUUGAUACCCAAGAAAAUAAAUGAAUCCACAGUAUGUUUCAUAGAUGUCAGAUUUGAUUCAAAUUCAUGUGUAUAAGGGCUGUUCCAGAAAAUACUAUGUCCCCCCCAGGGACGGCACUUUUUUUUAACCCCCACCACCCACAGAAAUAAAAUUUAAUUAGAACAGCACUCUCUUUGCAUUUUGGUAUUUCAAAUACAACCACCCACAUAAUAUUUAAAAAAAUUGCCUUCCCUGGGGGGGACAUAGUAUUUUCUGGAACAGCCCUAAGUGUGUUUGAGAAUAGUAUGAAGAGGUCCUUUUUACAUAUGUAUGUAAAUAUAGUUAGAUAUUUGAAUAUCUUAACUCUGAUUUCUCAGAAUCUACAGACAGUAAUGUUAUAUUUUUUGUGGUGUAAUAGGUCAACAGUUAAAUAAUUCACAUCAAAUAUCUAUAAUUUUUUUUCGUUCACUGCUUCACUAUUUGAAGGCAUUAAAUUUUCAUCUGUGUUAUAAACAAGUCCUUAACUCAAAAUAUCAUAAUAUUGUCCAGGAAACUCAUGAUAUAUAAUAUUUAAGAUUUUUAAAUAAAAUUUGAAAGAUCUGCAGAACCUCAUGGAAUUUUCUAGCCAUAAAACCUAUAGCUAUUAUUUGUAAAGACUUGGAAAAGUAUGUUCAAUAAAAUAAAUAAUUUUAUGUCAAUAUGUAAUGGAUUAUCUCCCUUACACUGGUAUGUUUUAAAUUUUCAUGAACAUCAAAUAUUUGUAUGCAUGUACCAGAGUAAAUAUCAAAUAUAUAUAUAGGAAUUUAAAACUUAUAAGAUAUACAGAAUCACAUUGAAUUUUAAUAGCUAUAUAACAUUGACAAUUAUUAUUUGUAAUGACUUGGAAAAAAAGGUUCAAUAAAAACAUAAAAUUUCAGUAAAUAUAUAAUGGAUUACCUCACUUACACUGUAAUGUGUUCUGGUCACUGGAAUGAGUGUUGAAUGUUAUGCUUUGUCUGUAUUAUAAUGUGCAAUAAAACUAUUAAUAUCUCA